AUGAUCAAGGAGAUGAUGGAGCCUGAAGCCAGAAAAGGAGAAAGACCCACCUACAAAAAGCCAUAUCUGGCUUACAUUGGUCAGAUACCUCUAUCAUCAUGUUUCAAGGUCCCAAACUUCACCUUGUUUAAUGGGGAAGAUCUCCAUGCUUCAUCAGUUGAGCAUAUAGGCAGGUUUUUUGUCCAAUCCAUAGCCAUAGAAAAUAACCCUCUGUUAAAGUUAAGGCUUUUUGGGAAUUCUCUCUCUGGACAAGCUUUCACCUGGUACACCAGUCUUACUGCUAAUUCUAUUCAGACCUGGGAGCAAAUGGAAAACGUGUUCCAUGAUUACUAUUUCAAGAUCCAGCCAAAAGUCACCAUCAGUGAUCUUGCUGUCCUCAAACAAAAUGAACCUGCCUAG